CACACAUGUGGCGUGGCACUAUGAAGGAGGCGGGCGUCAAUACUGUGACAGGAUGACAAGGCGAGAAACACAUUUUGAUGAGCGAGCUCGCUGCUCCUUCUCAUGCGUGCUUUGGUAUUGAGGAGUAUCAUGAUGCAUUGGCAGGGCAGCAUAUAUGAUAUAUGUGAUGAUUGCCAGUGCUGUGUCAUCUGAGUGUGUCCUGUGAGCCUCGGCCAUUCCCCACAGUGAGCAGCGAGCAAUGGCCCAGUGCCAGACCCUGCCAGACUGCCAGUGCGCGCUCGGUCUAAUUCGCUCAAGAAGCGUGGGCGGCCCAAUUGAAACAAGGCGGCGGCUGCUCUCACUGGAGUCACUGCCUCAGGCCUCGGGCGACUGCACUCGGAGCCGGCCAAACCUGAGACUCGAAGUCGAGUGACUUGCUGAGCUGAUAAGUACUCACUCACCUGCUCAACAGAUCUCGUCAACACAACCAUCCCCACUACUCACCAUGGCCUCCGCUUCAGACUACGAUGUGAUUGUCGUUGGCGCUGGCAUCAGCGGCAUCAAUGCAGGGUACCGCCUGCAAACAGAAAUCAAGGGAUGCAACUACACAAUCCUUGAAGCGCGCGACGUACUCGGCGGAACCUGGUCGCUCUUCAAGUACCCAGGCGUGCGCUCAGACUCCGACUUGUUUACCUUCGGUUUCCCUUGGAAGCCUUGGGGUGGCAAGACUCGUUUUGCGCAGGGUGACGAGAUUGUCUCGUACAUGACUGAGGCGGCUGAAGAAUACGGCAUUGACAAGCGCAUUCAGUAUGGCACGAGUGUCAAGGCACUCAACUGGAACUCUGAAAAGUCCGUCUGGAGUGUCUCUGUGGAGAAGAACGGCAAGCGCUCCGUGCAGACUGCCAACUUCCUUGUGCUCGGCACUGGCUACUACGACUACAAGUCGCCUCUUGAGACUGAGAUUCCGGGCAUCAAGAAUUUCGACGGUACCGUUGUACACCCACAAUUCUGGCCAGAAGACCUCGACUAUGCAAACAAGAAGGUCGUGAUUAUCGGUAGCGGCGCAACAGCAGUGACCAUCCUACCAAAUAUGGCCGAGAAGGCAAAACACGUCACCAUGUUGCAGCGUUCGCCCGGGUAUGUCAUGACAUUGCCCAAUGCAAAGAAGGAGUUGCCGCGCUUUGUGCCAAGUGGACUUCGUUGGGGCUACGACUACUUCCGCUACCUGAUAUUGCCUUAUGUUUUCUUCACAUUCUGCCGCACCUUCCCUAAUGCUGCCCGCAAGAUUAUCCGUGCAGCGACAACCAAGGCUCUGCCAAAGAAUGUGCCGCACGACCCGCACUUCAAUCCAUCUUACAACCCAUGGGAGCAGCGUCUAUGCAUGUCCCCCGACGGUGACUUUUUCCAGUCUAUGCACUCUGGCAAAGCCAAUGUCGUUACUGGCAAGAUUCAAACUGUCACGAAGAACGGCAUUACGCUGGAGAAUGGCGAGAAGUUGGAUGCAGACAUCAUCAUCACGGCAACAGGUCUCAAAUUGUUGAUGGCAGGCGGUGCUGCGAUUUCCUUGGACAAUAAGCCACUUGAAAUUCCUGAGAAGUUUCUGUGGCGUGGUAUGAUGCUGCAAGAUUGCCCGAACCUCGCUGUUGUUCUCGGCUACACGAAUGCUUCUUGGACGUUGGGCGCAGACUGUACUGCGCUCGUGGUCACACGACUCCUCAAAGCCAUGCGUGAGCGUGGACAAAAGGCAGUGACGCCUCACGUGGAGGAUCCCGCAAGUUUGACACCUUCGAGCGUCUUCAACUUGUCUUCAACCUACGUCACAAAGAACAGAUCUAUCCUGCCCAAGGCAGCUGAUUCUGGGCCUUGGAAGGCGAGGUCAAAUUACUUCAAGGACUACGCCUUUGCGUCCUUUGGCACUCUUUCUGAGGGUCUCAUUUUUAGCUAGUAGUCCUUAUUGAUCUUCACAGUUGAGUAAUACCGUAGACGGGUUCAUUCAUUCAGUCUUCUUGGAAGGAAUUGUUCGAAAGCGGUCCAACGACGCGUCCUCUGACUAGAGACCAUAGGUAGGCUCCUCUGAGUCGGUCUCAAUC